UGCAACGCUGAAGUCGGUGAAAUAGCAUGGAUUUCGACCCUAAAGAUGACAAAGCAGCUGGGAAACUAGACAAAGCAGAGGUUAAGAAUGUCAGUAAGAAAGAGAAAACUGGUGAAAUGCUUGAAGAAUGCACGGAUCAGGAAUGGGAAACAGGCGCUACUGCAAUGCCAGCGGAAAUGCUAAAUAUUGAGAAGAAGCCAAGUACUGUCAACGUAUUUGUGGCGCCCAAAGAAAAGGGUGAGACUAUUUUGCAGUCAACAUCGAGGCAGGUGGAACGCAUAAAAGGCCUGAAGGACCCUAUACAGCAACUCGUUUAUCGUAUUUUGAAUUUGAUGAUCAGCGAAAGAGAAAACACGCAGCCAACAGUUGACAUUUUGAUAAAGUCUCGCUCUGGUCAGCUACAAGUGAUAAACAUGGAAUAACAUUACUGCUGGACAGUCGGCCAUCGGAACAACGGUCAUAUUAUGCCUUAUGUAAAUAUUCCAAAUAAAUUUCUCAGACC